CAUACAAACAGAUAACGCAUACACGUAUAUAUACAUACAUGCACCAUACACAGCAAUGGCAGGAAAAAACAUUUUAAGGAAAAAAAAGAAAGGAAAGACAAAUUAAUCUUACUUGUCUGGUCUUUCUGUGCAUGAAUAUACACGCACACAUAUAUACAAACGCAUACAAUCCACAGCCCCACGUCUCUCUCUCUCUCUCUCUUCUUCUUCAGCUUCUCGGAAAAAAAUCAGAGCACAAAGCAUGGGAUCCUCUGUUCACGUGAAGGACGCCACGGUUGUAACUCCUUCAGACCCGACACCUUCCUCUGUUCUGUCUCUUUCCGCCUUAGAUUCUCAGCUCUUCCUUCGAUUCACCAUCGAGUACCUUUUCGUCUACCGUCCCCGACCCGGUUCUGACCCGGUUUCUCUCACGGGUCGGGUCAAAUCCGCUCUCUCUCGCUCCCUCGUUCCUUACUUUCCCUUCGCCGGCCGAGUCCGAGAGAGAUCUGACGGGUCGGGUCUCGAAGUUCUUUGCCGUGGCCAAGGUGCUCUGUUCCUCGAAGCUGUCUCCGACAACCUCACGUGCCACGACUUCCAGAGAGCCCCAAGGCACGUGACCAGCUGGAGGAAGCUCCUCUCCCUCAACGUCGGCGAUGUCCUCGCGGGGGGCCCACCCCUCGUCGUCCAGCUGACGUGGCUCCGAGACGGCGGCGCUGCAUUGGCCUUCGGUAUCAACCACUGCGUCUCCGACGGUAUCGGAAGCUCCGAGUUUCUCAACUUGUUCGCCGAGCUAUCCAGAAACUGGCCGUGUCACACCGAGAUGAAGCGGAAACACGUGUGGGAUCGCCACCUGCUCGACCCGUCCCCGUGGAAACCGCCUCCGCCGGGUUGUGACUCACUGAGUCAUCCCGAGUUCAACCGAGCCCCGGAUUUGUGUGGGUUUCUUAACCGCUUUUCCGCCGAGCGACUCGCCCCUACUUGCGUCGUUUUCGCGAGACAGCAACUCGUUGAGCUGAAGAAACUCGCUAGUCGACUCAGUGAGCUGAAACCCACGUCAUUUGAGGUGCUCUCGGCGCAUGUAUGGCGGAGCUGGGCGAGAUCACUGAACCUUCCCUCGAAACAGACCCUGAAGCUUCUCUUCAGCAUCAACGUAAGGGACCGAGUCAAACCGAAUCUACCCAACGGGUUCUACGGUAACGCGUUCGUUGUCGGAUGCGCGCAAACCACCGUUAAAGAUUUGACGGAGAAGGGGUUAGGUCACGCGACGAUGCUCGUGAAACGCGCCAAGGAACGAGUCGACGACGAGUACGUAAAAUCGGUGGUCGAAGCGGUGAGCAAGGCGAGAGCGAGUCCUGACUCGGUGGGGGUCCUGAUACUGUCGCAGUGGUCAAGGCUUGGUUUAGAGCGGCUCGAUUUCAGUUUGGGUAAACCGGUUCACGUUGGAUCGGUAUGUUGUGACCGGUACUGUUUGCUGCUUCCGGUUCCCGACCAAAACGACGCCGUUAAAGUUAUGGUCGCCGUUCCGUCAAGCGCCGUUAACGCGUACGAUAAUCUUAUGACAAGUCCUGACAGUUAAAGAGCUAAUUAAUUUUCUUAAAAAUCUUGAACCGCCUGAUGCGUUGACUCGAUUAGAUUGACCUUUGACUUUAUUUACUUCCUUUUAUUUCAUUUCCUAAAACAUUGCAAUUUUCAUUAUUCACCUUCGACCUCCAGUGAACGGUAGGUAAUCAUGAUAUAAUGAUUUUUUUAUCCAAAUCAAUGG